CACCUUCCAAUUGUGAAAUGGAAGAAAUCCAGAAACUAUUUUUUAAAAUCUUAUUAAAAAAGAUAAGUCCAAAAGAGCCUACAUAUGAUGCCAAUGCAACUGUAAAAGUUUGGAACUUAAGUCCAGCAAUUCUCUCUAGAUUUGCCUCCUCUUGUAUUCCAUUUCUUGAAAUAUAUUGUGAUCAUCUUGUUUUCUGUGCACAAAAAUUAGAAUUACAAUAUAUUAAAAAUGACUUUCAAUGGCUAUCCAGAGAGGGAGGAAGAGAAUGUCUUAACUACAGUGACAUUGUCACCCAUUUUAAAACUCUGUGGAAUAGCCAAGGUGAAGUGCAUGAAUAUGUUUCAAGAUUAUUAUUACAGCUUUCUGCCGGAUCAAUCUGUUCCAUUUGGGAAGAUGUAACAAAUGAAAUAAAGCAAUUUGUGAAACUUUAAUUAUUGUUAUUUUUAAAAAUUUUUUAAUAAAAAAUAUUGAAAGACAAUGCGAUUACUAAGAGGUAACUCGCUCCAAAUCAUCGGUAAACAGAAUUUUUAUAUUAUACC